UUUUUGUUCUAAUCUAUAUAUCUAUCUUUCAAUCCAUGUAUAGUCCAAACCAAUAACAACACUUCAUUCGAAGACAUGGACUAUAAGCAUUUCAGUCACCCUCACAACUUAACCAUCCACCGUGUAUAUGAACUAGGCAAACAAGUCAACUGCUCAGGUUGCAACUCCUCGUGUGAUAACACCACGACCGCGGUCCACGCCUGCCACCAAUGCAACUUCUUUCUCCAUGACCAUUGUGCCAAUGCGGGUCGUUAUGUAAAACACCCGUGUCAUAAAGCCCACCCUCUUAUCCUUCUUCCUUACCCUACUUAUGCCGGUAGCACCUUCAUUUGCAACGCUUGUGGUCGCCCUGGAAAUUCGUUCUCCUAUUGUUGUGCCCUUUGCGAGUUUGACCUUCAUGUUGGUUGCGCCUUCUUACCUUUGUCGGUAACGCACCAAGCUCACCAACACGAACUUGCUCUUUUCUACGGAGUUCAAGUGGCUCCACGGAGGGGAAGUAACACGGAUCAUGAAUAUUGUAACAUAUGCAAAAAUGUCAUAGAAGGAAGGCAUUGGGCGUAUAGUUGUCAAAAUUGUAAUUUUAAUGUGCACACUGCUUGUGCUACCACAGAAGUGGUACAAGGGAUGUACCAAGAUGAUCCAGCGGGUUGUGGACCCGUAGAGGGACAUGGAUCGUCAGGACAUGGUGGUGGAGGAGGUGGGGAUGUCGUAGAGGUGGAAUUAACGGAGGCGGACCUUGCUAUGUUGUUUGAACUUAAGCUUCAGAUGAUAGCACAAAGUAAUGUGGCCUCAAUUAAUGGUUAGGUCUGAAUUGGUUCAUGGUUUUACUUUUCUUUUUUCUAGAUUUAUUUCAUGGAUUUCAUCAUUAUUGAUUUCGAAAUGCUUGUAAAACCCAUGAGUGCUGAUUCCAAUGCAAUAAGAUCGACCAAACGAAUGAGAUAAUGGAUGACCAUGAAAAUGGUAUAAGUGUAUAACUUGAGACUAUUUCAAAAACUUCAAGUGGUUUAUAUGAGAAAGGAUAAACUUGAAUUUUAAUUUUAUUGUCUGAAAUCUGAAAUGUUAAAGGAUUAGAUUUUAGGUCCGUGUCAAAUACACGAGUUUACAA